AUGACACAGCAGCAGUUGGCCCAUCAAGAAGAAGCAGUCCGGUUGGCCCGUGGAAUGGUUCCGGGGCAGUAUUUUCACCGGUACUAUAAGAACCAACAACAAAAGCCUUUUGCCCAUCCGAUAUUCAACUUUUCGAUACCGACUCCUGCUGUUUCUGAGGCUCAAUUUCUUAAUGAUGAGGUGGACAUGUAUGUUUUUCGGACAAAUGCGCUACAGAAGUUCAAGGUGGCAUCUGAUAUGUUGGAUAACAUAAUGACCAAAUCGAUACCGACGUCCAAGAUUUCUCCGCCGAGCUCCUUUCCUAAUUGUGUUAUUGACAGGACACUGUUUGAUGAGGCUAAAGUUGCCGAAAGGGCUUCUGCAGCAGAGGGGGAUGGCAGCGUUGAGGAAUAUCUUAAGAAGAGACUUGGCCUCAACCUUUUAACCGACUUUGUGUUUGGUAAUUUGCAGGCAAUGAAGACAAAGGACAUAUUACAGCGAGAACUAGUGGCAAAACUGGAAGAUGAAGUUCGGUCUGUAAGCUCCGAGAAGAUUUCCGGUAGAUAUUUACUGGAGACAGAGACGAUUGACCAGUUGCAUAAGCUAUACAGCAAGUAUUCUCCGUUGAAGUUUAAAGAGUAUGAAGCUUUAUACAAAGGUAUAUGUGAGGAUUUUAAGAAGAAUACUGGUAAGACGUUGAAAGAGGAACAGAAAGUCAAGCGUUUAAAAGUCAAGCAGUUUGAUCUUAUACAACGUGGAGUGAGCUAUGCAGAAUAUAAGGCGAAGAAGAUGGAAAGAAGGAGAAGAAUUGAGAAGAGACUGGCCGAUAAAGAAUUGGAGAGGAAACGGGGGGAGGAAAAGAUCAGAAUAGAGAGGGAAAAUGCCAAGGCAGCUCAAGCAGCUCAAGCCGAAGCUCUGGCGCGAAUGCAGCAUGCUGCACAAUCUGCUCGUAUUCAGCCUGUUGCUGCGGUUCCUCAAGUUUCUGGGGUUCCUGUGGUUCCUGUGGUUCCUGCGGUUCCUGUGGUUCCCGUUGCUUCAGUUCCAGUGGCUCCCGUGGUUCCCGUAGCCCCAGUGGCCCCAGUGGCUCCUCGUGUUCCUGAUGUGUCCAGUUCUGUCCCUGCAGCUGAAACUACUGGAGUGGCGGCUACCCCUUUGGCACCGUCAAAGUCGGCUUCACACAACAGUUUCAACGAUCUUUUUGAUAAUAACGUCUCAAACUUCGACUUCGACAACAACCUCCUCUACGGUUCGAAUGAUGACGAUAUCAUAAUGAAUUCGGACGAUAAUAACGAUGAUCUCAACCCGUUGAACGAUCAAGUAUUUCUAGGAAAUUUGGAUUAG